GGAAGGGGGCUGCGAGGCGCAAGGGGGCGGGCCCGCGGCCGGGGGUGGACAAUGGGGGCGCGGGGAGGUGGUGGUAGGAAAAUGGCAGCGGCCGGAGGCACCGUGGGGCGCUCGGCGACCGCCGCUCCGGCGCGGUUCCCGCUCUCGGCGUGGUUGUUGGCCACGGCGCUGAGCGCGGUGACAGUAUCAGCAGUAGAGGUCAAGACACCAGAGGAGAUGUUUGUGGAGAACGGGACAGACGCAAAGCUUCCGUGCACAUUUACAUCUGUGGAAGUGAUCAGCAGUGCAGCAUCUGUUUCUUGGAGCUUUCAACCAGAGGGAGCAGCAACUCCUAUCUCAUUUUUCUAUUACUUUAAUGGAAAGCCAUACCCUGGAAAGGACAUACCAUUUAAAGACAGGAUCACUUGGGCUGGAGACCUUAACAAGAAAGAUGCUUCUAUCAGUAUAGCAAACAUGCAGUUCCGGGACAACGGCACUUACAUUUGCGAUGUGAAGAACCCACCUGACAUCGUUGUCAAGCCAGGUGAAAUCCGACUUAGAGUUGUGGAGAAAGACAGCCUGCCAGCGUUCCCCAUUGCCAUGGUGGCAGGGAUAGUCAUCGGUACGGUUACAGGUGUCUCACCGCUCAUCUCUAUUGUCGUGUGUCUUGUCGUGAGAAAGAACAACUCUAAAAAACGUUACUCUGGCUGCAGUACCUCUGAGAGCUUGAUGUCACCGGUUAAGCAGGCUCCGCAGAAGUCACCCUCCAACACAGAGGGUCUGGUAAACAGCGUGCCGGCCAGAUCACACCAGGGCCCAGUCAUUUACGCGCAGUUAGAUCACUCCGGAGGACAGCACAGCGACAAGAUUAACAAGUCAGAGUCUGUGGUCUAUGCUGACAUUCGGAAGAACUGAGAGGAGAUCCUAACCUAUCCAAAGCAAAACACACAUUCAGACUGGAAUUGCUUGAACAAAAUUUGACCCAGAGAACUCACAUGUGGCCUUUGAUGCCUAGGCUAGGACCAAUGCAUGUGCAUACAGAGGGAAAGAUAUAUAUCUAUUGUGUGUAAAUAGUCUAUUUAAUCGUACAGAAGUGAGACCAGUGUUGCAUGUUGAAAUGCGGUAAGAAUUCUGCUUAUAAAUUGCCAAUAUUCUUUUUUGUAUCUUGUAUGAUGAGAGAGAACAUGAAAACUCGCAUCACAAUUUUUAAAUAUUUUUAUCUUGAUUAUUAAUGGAGAAACUGGAAGAUGCCUGAAGAUGCUAGAUUGACCUGGAGAUUCCUUUUUUGCUUAUAGGGCCUAAUUUUUCUUGAUGGGGAACCUUCACAGAGUAUUCAUUUUUCCUUGGUCAGAUUCUCAGUAAAGCUACCUUCUUAUAUAAACUAGACAUUUUCACUCAGUCUGGUAAGCCAAGCUGUGACUUGUAGCUCUCAGAAAUUUUAUGUCUUACCAUUGUGAGUGAAGGAAGCUUUUAGGCCUACCUGACCUGUGUAACACAGGUCACAGAAUUGUUUACUGCUGUAUUGAGCCCAUAUACUCAAGCUUAGUCCUUUAAGGUACAGGGAUAGUGUUGGUCUCUCAGAUUUGUGAAACGGUAGUUUCCUUGUGAAAACUUAAGAGCUAGUGAGUUAAAGGGAUAGGAAGCUAUAGCUCUACGUGACUGCCUCAGAUUCUGUUGCACCUUUCAAUUAAAUGUUUCUUCUGUGAAACUCCGUCAUUUCAUAUAAGCACAAAAAAGGGCUCCAAGGGAUCUUGAAGUUACACUAUUCCCUCAGCUCUCCCUCAUGGCUCCAUUAUACCCCUGUCACUUCCUUAGAGAUGGUUUUUCUGUCCUUAAAAACCUCUAAUGGGGGCCGAAUGACCUCUGGAGGCAAUCUAGGGUUUCAGUGUGUGUGUGUGCGUGUGCGUGUGCGUGUGUUGCUACCUGUCUUUGCACAGAGGAUGAUGUGGAGGAUAGAUUAUUUCCUUCCUCUUUGCAAGCCUACUACUUGAGCGUUGUUCCCCAGCUUCUUGUUUCUAGAAUAAACUCCUAAUAAAUUGUUAUAGAUUUCUGAUCAUUCUUUUCUGCUGAAGAGGAUCUUUCUUUAGCUGAUCCGUUUGUAUCCUGAAAUCAGGUGCUCAAAACUAGAAAUGGCAUUCCAGCCGAGGUCUUAUCAGAGUAGUGUAUAGUAGAAGGAUUUCUGUUUUGUACAUCCUAAUGUGAUGUUGGCUUUUCUGUAGCAGUAAGUCAUGUUCAGUUUGAUUGCUAUAACCCCUUCUCUCUGGCUCUUACUAUUUCCUAGUGCAGUCUGUUUGUCUCUACUGAAAUUCUGUUAUGGCUUUUUUCAGACCUCAUCUUCGACUUGUCAGAUGAAAAUUUUCUUUGAAUUCUCAUCCUGUCCUCCAGUGAGCUUGCAACACUCUUUAGCUUGAUAUCUGCAGACUUAAGCUUGCAUCCCACUGUAUCGUCAAGUAAAUGAAAAAUAUGUAGUUUAGGCCCAUGACCAACCCUUUUGGAAUCGCCUUAGAUAAUUUGAAAGUGAAACUUUACUUGUGACAGUGAAACUUUGAUAACUAUUUUGAGUAAAGUGCAUUUUCCCCUAACAAAGUUGGGUACACCAACUGUACAUUACUUUUUAAGGAUCACGCUUUGUUUUCUGACAACACCUGCCUUUGUUAGAAGCCCCACUAAAAUCAGGAGUCCUGCUGCUGCUUUCCCUGUCUAGUAGGCUGUUACUCCCUAAUAUGUUUUCCACUUAGCAAGAAACAGAAGCUUUUGAGAUGGUUGAUUGAAAAACUCCAUUUUGAUCUGCACAGUCUUUCUUUCCAGAUAUUCUGGAGUAAGAGAAAUGUGAUGAACUGAACCAUCAAAAACCUGCUGCUAUGAGAAUAUAGGGCUGGCCUUGGCUCUGCUGUUGUCUGUUACUAAUGUUUUCUUAUGCUGGAAUAUACUGGAAAAUCUGAGCACAAGCCUGUUACUUCUGGUGCUGACUUUAGGAAAUAUCUUUCAUUGCUUUUGAUUAGCCACAGGUACAUGAGUAUAGCCUAUACUGAGGAGGCUCAUUGCAAGGCUGUUUGGAUCCUCUUUGUGAAGGCAGAAUAAACUAGUAGUAUUUUUUAAAAACGCUGGACUCCUUUUUGGAAAGAAACCAACUUUCUUACCCUCGGGAAUAUCAGACCUUGGUCUUAAUCCCUCUCUAGUCUGAAGGAUGUUGAAAUCAUUUUUUCAUGGAAACAUGAACAAUGUUGCUUGGCUGGAAUAGACAGCUUCUACAAUGCAGCUGUUCAAAUAACUUAUUCGGGUUGAAGUCGAAAGAACUUGAGGCAAUAUGUGACUAAAACUGUUGUGAACUUUCUGUCCCUCUGGGUGCUUUAGCUUUUUUAAUCAGAUAUGGUAACCCUGUGCUGGCAAAAGGCACUGAUGCUAAGUUGGUUAGCAAGGUCUCACCUGAUAGAGGACUUCUACUUCCUUGAUUGGUAUCAGAUAGAGAUUAAAGCCAGACCCUGUCAUCAGAUCCUGGUGUUAGGCUGACCAGAAACUAAAUUCUGUUUUCUCUACUGCUAUCCUCUUAAUUCUCUGAUGCUGUUUUUUGUAUGUGGAAAGGAACAGCUUGGGCUUUGAGGAACAUUAUUUGUGCCAUCCUUGUCCUGCUGCAGUACUGCUGCUAGCUCUUUUUAGGACCAUGUCUUAUUUUUAAAAAAAAGGCAAAGAAAAAGAAGAAAAAGUGCUGAGGGCAGGCUUGCUGAAGUACAGCUGAGCAGCAGACAGCGUCUCUUGAGGGAGUAACAAAUGACGAAAUUGUUAAUGUGAGCAAUAACUCUUGGAUAAUGGAGUUGGGGAGUGUCUGUGUGACAUAAAGGAUUUACAGUGAAUUCUUUAUUUGUCAUGCAGGUUUUAAUGCACAGUGACACAAAACUAGCAUCAAUCUCAAAUGUGUUUUUUCUGCUGUGAGGAAAAAAGGUCAUUUACAUGUAAAGCAGACCUUGCAGUCAUUGUAGAAGGAGUGCUGUUUGGGAUUGCUACCUUGGGCUCUGGCUGCUAAGCCAACUUGCACCCCCUAGAGACAGGAAUAUAGAAGACAUCGUUCAUCUUGGCCUGUCUUCUCCCUUCUGUUUCUAACCGAACUGCAAGGUGGAAAAAAGUUUUACCUUUGUACUGACAGUGGAUAUACUCUUCCCUAUUCUUGAUUACCAGAAAAAUGAUGAAAUGAACUAUAAGGUGUGAAUCUGAGUAAAUCAGCAGCUGUACUCAGUAUAUCAAAUCUCCAUUGCCCCUUCUGAAUUCAGCAGUUGUUCUGUAGAGGAGGUGGUCAGCAUGUUCAUUAAACAGCAUUACGAACCAUUACAGGGUAGCAAAUGUGUCCCUGUAAUUGCAUGAUGUGUCAUUUCUAACUGGAGACCUGUAGGGUUUUGUUUUCUCUCAAAGCUUUCGUGGUAUUUCAAUUUGUGAGUAGAAAAGCUGGAAUUAGGUUUUAAACUUUUUUAAACCUGUGAGAAUUGUUUAGGUAACCAUCUGUCUUGUAACUGCAGUAAAUGUGUAUAUGCAACUUAGAAGCUGCUUAGAAGCUUAGAGUGGAUUCACUGAGGUAAAUUGUGGGCUGUUUGAUUUAUAACCAAAAUACCCUCAGUCUGUUUUGAAAGCUUGUCUUGGAAUUUUACAUUAUUCAUAUAUAAGCCUAGGACCUCAAAUACAAAUCGUUCUUACUGUGUACUAGGUGAUGGAAUUAUUUUUUAAAACUGUCAAGGUGAGGUGGGUAACAUUUCUGGGCUGUGGCCACACCCCUGUGGUGCUAAUAUUUAGGUAACAUUUUAUAUGGGAGACUACAAAAUCAUAAUAUUAACUAUGCUCAGCAAUUAUGCUCUUUGAGGCUUCUCUUUCCCUUCUCUUUACUAGUUAAUGACCCCUUUUAUUUAAAAGUAUUUUUGCACUCUCUAAAAUGUAAGCUCAAUGCCUUUUGAGAUCAGUGUGCUGUGCAAUCUUUCUGUCUCCCUACAAAGCCAGCUGCUUUAUAUGGUAAAUAUAAUUGGAAACAGACUAGAUACUUUUCUUUUUGUAAACCUCUACUGGAGGUAUGCAAGAGAACAAACACCUAUAAGAUGGGUGUAUAAUCUCUGUGAGGGAGCUAGAUAUGCAUUGCAUGGCCUGAUUACACAUAAAGUGCCCAUGUAACAACUGUUUGUGCUUUUGCUUUUACAGACUCAUCUUGAAACAGUUAACAUGGAUAUUUUUUCUUGAAUUGACUUUCAUGUUUUCUAUUGUAAUCUUGUGAAUAUUUUAAUACACUCUUUUCCCAUUA